UGCAGCUAAUAUGUAUAAGCGUGUAUAACCUUGGACACUUUGGUUGUUUAUUGCUAACAUAAAUUAGUAUUUAUUCAGCAUAGAUAAAACAUUCGCUGCAAAAACAUUGUGUUAUCGACAGAUAACGCUCAGAAAGUGACAAACUGUUAGGUAAUAUGACUAUACCUCUCGUAACUCUACAAGAUGGUAAGCUUAAAGGCCAAAUAUCUACGGACUUUUUAGGAGGAAAAUAUUAUAGUUUUCUGGGUAUACCGUAUGCAAAGGCACCAAUCAAGAAUUUACGAUUCAAGGCUCCAGUGCCGGUAGAGCCAUGGACAGGAAUUAGAGAUGCCACUAGAGAGGGUCCAGAAUGUCCGUCAUAUCAUUCGCUAUUUACAUAUUACGUAGGCUCUGAAGAUAAUUGCUUAAAUUUAAAUGUUUAUACAAAACAUUUAUCAUGUAACUCCACUAGCUUAAAACCAGUUAUGGUAUGGAUUCAUGGAGGGGCUUUUUUACGUGGUUCAAAUAGAAGUGAGAUGUUCAGUCCUGAUUAUUUAAUAACUGAAGAUAUUGUGCUUGUAUGCAUAAAUUAUCGACUAGGAAUUCUAGGAUUUCUCAGUUUGGAAGAUUCCUCUCUAGAAGUUCCCGGAAAUGCUGGUUUAAAAGAUAUGGUACUUGCACUGCAGUGGGUUCAAAAGAAUAUACAACAAUUCUGUGGUGAUCCCAACAAUGUUACAAUUUUUGGUGAAAGCGCAGGUUCAGCUGCUGUUCAUUAUCUGUUACUGAGUCCACUAUCGAAGGGUUUAUUUCAUAAAGCAAUAGCUCAGAGUGGAUGUUCCUUGAACAGCUGGGCUAAAGGCUGUACCAACGGAAUAUUAGCAGCGAAAAAUCUAGGAUAUGAAGAGAAAGACGAACGAAAAAUAUUAGAAUAUUUAAUGAAUGUACCUGCACGUAAAAUGGUAGAAGCUCAAGGGAAAAUACUAGAUCCGUUUACUGUAGCCACAAUAAGACCAUUUGGACCAGUUGUGGAAAAAUAUGGAAAAGGAGCAUUUCUUUGCGAAGACCCCAUUAACGUUAUUAAAUCUGGGAAAUUUCAUCAAGUUCCCUUAAUUAUGGGAUAUACUUCUAGAGAAGGAAUGCUUUUCGUAUUUCUGAACGAGUUAAAAUUCGGGAGACAAAGAAAAAAUUUCGAAGAAGAAAUUUUCUUUGACCGCAAAGUAAACAUGGACUCAAGAGCGUCUGAGCAAUGUGCUUUAGCAAUCAAGAAAUUUUAUAAACAGGAGGAAGAUCAACCUGAAAAGGAAAUCGAUGCAUUCUAUUUAUUGAGAACCGACAACUUGUUUCUUUAUGGCAUCCACAACUGCGUUUCUCAACAGAAAUUGGUCAGUCAGGCUCCUAUUUAUUUUUACAGAAUGACACUUGAAACUGUAAACAAUCAUGUAAAGGAAAUCUGCUCUUCUAAACACGUGUACAUCUUAAUGGUCCUAUAUUUCUUAAUAAGCAAAUUAGGUGAUGGCUUUAUAAAAAAUUUUCUUUUAAAGUUAACGAAACUAAUACCGCAAAAUAAGCGAACUGGAACUUGUCAUGGUGAUGAUUUGUACUACCUAUUCCGAACAUGUAUGAACGAAAAAUUUGACGAUGGAGAUGAAAAUAAUACUUAUAUAAUGAGAUUCGUUAGACUUUGGGUAAAUUUUGCUCGAACGGGUGAUCCAACUCCCGACAAAAACGAUCCACUUAUUGAAAUUAAAUGGACACCUGUAAACAGAAACGAAAAUUGUUUGUUAAAUAUUGAUAAAGAACUGAAAAUGUUACUAGAUCCAGAUUUAGAAAGGGUAAAGUUUUGGGCAGAUCUUUUCAAAGAGUAGUUAAGGUUAAAAUUUUUAUGAAGUGUGUAAUUUUGGAAAUAUUUUUGUUUAUAAAAUGUUGUCUCUCAA